AUAUCGCUAUAGGUUUGCUCUCGUAUAUUAACGCUUUGCAAUACUGCAAAAGUGUCCAAAAUGUUGCGAAUUGUUUUUACGCGUUUUUAUUGCAAAAUUGCAGCUGAAAAUAUUAUUAAAUCAUCAACGUCUAUUAAUCAAAAGCAACUAGAUUUUACGAAACUAAAUCAUACCACAAAAGUGCCACAGUCGCCGGUUCCAACGGCAUUUCCAGACACCAGCAACAACGAACUUGAAAUCGACACUAAAACUAUUCAACUGUUAGAGCGUUUGUCUUUAGUGGAUCUGGACAGUGAACAGGCGCUGGUUACGCUCAAGAGCAGCAUCCAAUUUGCGGACAAGAUUGCGCAUAUCAACACUCAAGGCGUGCGUCCUUUGUAUACGGUGCUGGAGACGCAACAGUUGCAGUUACGCAACGACGAAGUGAGUGAAGGAAAUUGCCGGGAACAGUUGCUAAAAAUUGCCAAGGUGACAGACGAGGAUUACUACGUGUCGCCGCCGGGCAACAUACCGCUGGAACAAUAG